GUUUGGUUCGCUUCGAUGCUGUUGGUUUAUUCCGCCCUUCCAUCUCACUCGCGGACAAUUGAGGACUGGAAGAUUUUAGCCGCACAUUUCCGCAAGUCUCGUGUUUCAGGAUUUUAUAAAGAUGUUGUUGAGACUCGGUGGAGUAAUUUUGCUGGCGGUACUCAAAGUGUGCUAUGGUGGUGGUAACCCUUUCUAUUCAACAUCGAAACCGAAUCCUUCCAGUACUCCCGGCCGAUUACUCGCUAGCGCAGAAUGUGUCCACCACACGACUUCUGACACGUACAGCGUGUUCUUCUUCGUCACCGAGGUCGACGAGACCAAGGACUCUAAUGGAAAUCGCAUCGCUUUUAAAUGCGACAUGGUAAGCCGAGGGAAAGUAGACGCUGAUAUGGAAGUUGCGGACUUAACCAAUGCCGAAUUGAGUACAUGUAGCGGAGAAGGCCCUUCGUUCUCUCGGCUCAGGGCCACCGUACCAGGUGUUUCCGACCCAGAAUGGGAUAAGAUCAAUCACCAGACGCUGUAUUAUAUUCAAACUGGAAUCACGAAGAUAGUAGAUUCCGGGGGCAGCGUCAAUACUGAUUGCGGGGGCCGUGAUGAUGCACUCGCAAAUGGUGAAAUCACACACGCCGCCGUAUGCUAUCUUGAGGCUGACAGGAACCACGAGUACGACCGAUUCUAUAAGUUUCAAUUUGACGUUGACAAUUGCAUAAAAUCCGAUGACGCCACUGAUGCGGACAUUAUGAAUCCAGAAUCGAUUAACCUCUGGCGAGCCUACCAGGUGUCUUUUAAAGUGUACGAUGCCGAUGAUACGACUGACCGAAGUAAAUGGGCCGAUUUGGAGGUUAUUCCCGAUGCAGAUGAGGUGAAUGGCCCCAUUCCAUUAGGAACACCCUUGGUGUUUGAAGCAUCUAUUACCAUUGCCGAUCAGGGUGGUCAGCCUUUAUACUUCGCUGAUGGUUACUCUCCACUUGGGAUGUUCUUGUAUGAUUGCCAAUCGAGGCCUUUAUCCACUGGAAAUACUAUAUUUAGAAACGGUGCAUCGGAGAUUACAGACAUCACUGACGAAGAUGGGUGUGGGUUAGGCAACUCUCCGUUCUUGCAGUGGGAUGACUUCACAUUCCAGUACGCUGCAGGACUCACUGCUAAGUCAUACUUGGAGGUUCCAAAUUCUCACAGAUCCAAGCCGGUGGAGGCUGUUUCAUACGCCCGGAUCUCCAUUGAUGAAGAUCUCACCACCGUCGUCACCUGCAAAUGUGCUUACUGUAGAAGUAUCGACGACAAACGGUGUUUUGGCAAUCUGGGUAACGGAGACUCUUACACAGACCAGUGCCCUGCUCCCAACAGGCGGCGCCGACAGGCAGCCAAUGACACUGACACGUAUUGGAGGCCUUCAUUCUUGCCAACAACAGUCUCUGCGACUUACACCAUUACCCUAAACAAACAAGACCCUUCCGCUGCUACUGUGAACGGUCGCGACUUUGAGGAGUCCCAGGAGUGCUUCGAGCAAAACACCUUCAUCACCCUCUCUGUGGUUCUGGCCUCGGUGCUUGUUAUCGUCAUGUGCAUUGAUGCUUUCCUGGCGCUCAAGAUGCGCGCGCACUAUCCAAAAGACGGCAGCAGCAACGGAUCGAUGAGCGGAUUCGCGAACAAGGCUUUCAAUUAAGCUGUUUAACUUGUAUAUUCCCAACUAAUUAUGAACUUUAAAGUACUUUUCAGUUUAACCCUAGAUCAUCUGUUGUGUUUUUACUGUAUGAUAAGCCAUUCCAAAUUGAUUCUGUGUUUAGCGUCAUCGGGUGAGAGAGAUGUCUGCCUUUAAUAAAAAGAAACAAAAACAAACAGAAAACAUUUACCAUAACCUAAAUUAAAGAAAGAAAUAUGAUUUCCUAGAGCUGAAUGAUAAAAACUGUAAUGAAAUAAAUCAAGAAAUAUUUUAUAUUCUGGGGGGAAGUUCAAUUUCUAGCAGUUCAUGCAUUUAAUAGACAUAUUUUUUUUUGAAUGAAACUUUUUUCCCGCCUGAUAGUAGUUUUGACAUUUGAUCGUGGCGCUGAGUUGAUUUGGUGUGGGUUCAUGGGCGCGAACCUGUCAUCUUGUUUUCUUUAAAAAAACAACUUAAACAAACUCAAGUUUUACCAAAAUUAAACUGGUUCAAAUUAAUAAAAGACUAUUUUCAUUGUUUAAACGUGUCAAGAAUGUGUUGUAAUGUAUAACAUGCAUUUUACUAAGUUGUAUUUGCAAUGAAAAAGUGUGAAUGUUUUAUUUCAAUGUACUCACCUAAAACCCAAGAAUGGCACAUAUUAUAUUCCCUAAUAUUUAAUAAAAUGUAUC